AUGAGUCUCGCUGGUCGAUUACGAAGGAUGCGAAGUGAGCUAGGCUACUUGCACCGCGCCGACGGCUCAUCCUCUUACUCUCAGGGAAGGACCUCCGUAUGGGCUAGUUGUUGCGGUCCUGGUGACAUCCACAUUGCUCGACGAGAGGACGAGCAAAUGCACCUAGAUGUCAGUUAUCGUCAAUUAACUGGAGACUGUCAGUAUCAUUGGUUAAUUAAUGUUAUCCGGACAACGCUAGAAUCUGUCUUGGAUCCGAAGGUUUUCCCAAGGACAGGAUUCACGGUAACAACUCAACUUCUUCAAUCCGAUGGAAGCGAAGGAGCUGCUGCAUUGACAUCUGUUUGUCUAGCCAUGCUGGAUAAUGGAAUCUCAAUUAGAUCACCUUUUUGCGGAGUUGAAGUUUGCGAAGUGGACGGGAAGUUGGUUCUGGACGCAGAUGCGAAAACAGAGGCUAAAGCGGAAGCCAAGUGGCUUUUCAUAUUCACAAGGACAAUAGAGGGGAAUGCCGAAAUGAUCGCGUCAGAUUCAGUUGGCCCAUUCGACAUGACUAAGUUUGCCUCUGCGGCUAGUCUAGCAGGAGAGGGUGCGAAACAGAUUUUCUCAUUCUAUAAAGAGGUGGUAGAAAGGAAGCACAGUAUCGACAUUCUUGCUAAACCAUUAUGA